UUGAGGAAGAGAUACAAAAGCGAGAAAGUCAGUACAGACAAAGGGCAGCAUGGAGCUGGGCUAAAUCCGUCAUACUUCUGCGGAUUGAAUUUUUUCUCUGUAGCAAAGAAAUGGAUCCAGCAAUACAUAAGCUCACACAGCUACCAUUUGAUCACACUGUAUUGGAAACACAUCCUGUAAUACAGUGUAUCAUUGACAACAAUCUCAAUGAGCUGAAAAGCUUGCUGAAUGACAACAACGUCAAUGAAGUUUACCCAUGUGUAAAGUGUAAUGACUACAUAUCCCCACUGAUUGCGGCUGUUAUUAGUCACAACAAGAGCAUUUUUAUUUUCCUUUUGGAGAAGGGUGCAAACCCAGAUGAUGUCUCCAGGGGAGGCUUAACAGCUUUGCACUAUGUCCCACUCUCUGAAGCACCCCCUCUUUUUGUGGAGAAGCUGCUUGAAGCAAAAGCAAAUCUAAGUGGGUGGAAUCAACAACCACUCACACCCCUGCUUAUUGCUGCCAUCAACAACAGGGACGAUGUCUUCAAAUUACUUAUAUCUGCCGGAGCACUAACAUCAUCACCUAUCACUGAUCCUGAUUGUAUCAGUCAUGAUGAACAAAUAUCUCAGAAGAUUCGUAACCUUUCACUGAAAGGAGAUGAACUGUGCUCAAAAGUCAGUUGUUUCCUGGAUGUUGUACGCGCUCUCAAUAAGAAACAACCUGAUGAAGUUUUUCAAACCUUUAGUCACAUGUUGCAGGAGCACCCUCAGACUCACCUGACCAUGAUUGAGACACUAUUUAAUGUAACUGGACCAGAUGCAGAAGAGUACCAACAGAGAAGUAUCACAUGGCUGAAGGACAAUGGCAAUGUGGACUCCUACAUUGCAGGUGUGAUCAGUCGCUUUCCAAACAUUUCCCAGGAAUGUUUAAAUCAGCUAAUUGUUACUAUACAUGCAGUUUUGUGUCCCGGUAAACAGGUACAACAUGACCAAGCAUGUGACCUGAUCCUACUACAACUGGAACAGCUUGGCUCAGAAAAGAGACCUGAUGUAUGUGAAUUCAUUCUGCAAACUCUUUAUGUGAUAACACAGAAAACAAAAGACAAAAAUGAAUUUGAUCCUGCCUUCAUCGAGAAGAUGUGCAGAACAAUAGCUCCGUUUGUGCAUGAGAAACACUCCACUAAAACAAGAGUCUUCACCUAUGGCAUAUUUGGAAACUUGCUCUCAUUCGAUAAUGCAGUAAACUUCAUUACAUCAGAGCCUGAUGACAUAUCUGCAGAAAUGAAUCAACUGAAAAAUCUUAAAGAAGUGAUCAGACGACUGAAAAACUCAGUGUGUGAAGACGUACCGGGGUCCAAGACAGAGAAGAAAAAGUCAGAAAAGCAAGGAGAGCUAAAUGAUGAUGAAGUUAGCUCUACUAGCACCGAAGUAACAGCAGCUGAGCAAUUCAACGUCAACACCACUGCAAAAUCAACACAACGCAGAUGGGUUAAAGUCAGCGAGAAGUGGAGAGAAAAACUACAGGAAAUUUUUAGCACAGAUGAAAGUAAAGUAACCAGAGUAGGGAGCAUGAUUUAUGUGAAAAAUGAAAAAUUUCGCAUAGAGCAGGGGAGUGAGGGUACUGAAGUCUUCUUGGGACUGAGAGAUGAUGGCACUGAAGUUGCUGUGAAGAGAAUGAAUAAAUGCAACUAUCAAGUACUGAAGAACGAGGAAGUAUUUCUACGACUUCCAGAGCUGGAUCAUCAAGCCAUCGUGCGAUAUGUUGACUUUGCAGAGGAUGAGGACUUUGGAUAUCUUGGUCUUCAACUUUGUGAGUACACCCUGGAAGAAUGCAUCACCACCAAUAAAGAUGGUGGUCCGCAGGAGAAGAAUCUUGUCCGUCAGGUCCUUGAGAGUUUGAACGUGCUCCAUCAAGAUCCUCCAAUUCUUCACCGAGAUCUCAAACCAUCAAAUGUUUUGAUUGAUGCUACUGGGAGGGCAAAGUUAGCUGAUUUUGGCAUCAGUAGACGGAUGCCCAAAGGUCAAACUACUUAUCGCACAGGACCUGCUGGAACAAAGUGCUGGAAGGCCAAGGAGACUAUAAUAGCAAAAGCUGACGUACCGUACAAGUCCAACACUGAUAUACAGGUGGCAGGCAUGCUGAUUUAUUAUAUCCUCUCUGGGGGACACCAUCCUUUUGGUGACGAAGAUUAUGAUUGUGAGUACAACAUCGUUAAAGGGAUUUACAAUCUGGACCAUGUUCAAGAUGUGGUGGCAAAGGAUCUCAUUGAAUGGAUGAUCAAUGAAGAACCAAGGCAGAGACCGAAAGUUGAAGAAUGCCUGAGUCAUCCUUUCUUCUGGGGCCAACAGAAGAGGGUCAGAUAUCUGAAAGAGAUUGGAAACCUGGACAAAGUGACUGAUAAGCAAUUGGAAUCAUGGCUGGAAAAAUGUGCCACGGAUGGAUCCUUCAACGGGUGGAAAAAUCAGUUUCCACCAGAGUUAGUCCAGAUAAUGGAGAAAAGGAGACGCUAUGCUGACAACAUUCUUGAUCUGCUAAGAUUCAUACGAAACGCCAUUGUGCACCAUCCAAAGGAGGCAGACAAACUUGAUCUGAUAUCAAUGUUUCCUGCUCUAUUUGGCUGCGUAUACAAAUUUGCAGAAAGCAGAGAGUGGAACUCAGAGCCAGCUCUGAAGGGAAUGUUUAGAAGAGAAGAGUUUCCAGGAGACGAUAUGACCACCAAAGCUGCAGUCUCAUCUACAAACUCUGAGGAAAAUGUGAAAAGUCCGAUCCAAGAAACUCAAACAUCCACUAGACCUACUGAAAAGUGACACCAGGAUAAAAGCACCAGGUACUUGAUUUAGCAGAAUCUUGAUUCAGAUGUUAAGUAGGCCUGCUGUCACCGAGUGGACUUGAAUGAACUGCUGCUAAAUAAUUAAUCAUGACGAAAAAAUCCUACAUUUGUAUUUUGCUGUGGUAGCAUAAGUAGCAACAACACAAAUCUCGAAGCCUCUUGAUGUUGGAGGCCUGGCUCUUUGAAAUUAGCUAUUCAUAGUAUAGAUUUUUUAACAUUGAAACAUGCGAUCUGUGCUCUUAUAGAAGGAAGUCACAUGAAUAAAUCUAUGAGAGACUAAAAAUCAAACUAAGAAUAAAAGUCCAGCAAAGAGAGAUUAAUGAAAAAAGUGAUAACAUUUUAAAAUUCAUGCCUCAGAAGUUUACCAGUAGCAUGACGAAGGAGCUCUGGAUUAGGUUAAGUUUUUCUGUGUCUAUUUUUUAAUUGUAUGUAUUUCUACCUUUACAAUGUUUUUUAAAAUACAUGUCACACUAUAUUGUUGGAUUUGAUUUUGUUCAUAUAAGUGUACCGUAUAAAGGUCCUUGUUUUAGGUCAAGACCUCUUCUAUGCAACCUGGGAACAUAAAUUACCGUUCUACAAGUUUAGGAAUGUGAUUGGCCUGAAGCCACAUGACAAAUAAUCCAGCACAAAUAUGUGAGGGUGCUCAAAAAAAAUCCAAUGUGAACAACUAAUCAUUCUUUACUUUUGAUGUCUUCGAGGUUAUGUUGUUUAAUUUUUGAGUAUUACUUAGUGUAAGAAUAACUUGUGUUUUGGUCAAUAAAAUAUGAUGUCACAACAUUAA